UGCGGCCGCGGCGCUCUUCUGGAGGCAAUGGAGGGUUCUGAGCCCGUUGUCGCACCUCAGGGGGAAGAGGCGUCCUGUUCUUCCUGGGGGACCGGCAGUACAAAUACACAUUUGCCCAUCAUGUCAGCAGAAUCUGUGGAGAUUGAUGAUGCAUUAUACAGUCGACAGAGGUAUGUUCUUGGAGACACAGCAAUGCAGAAGAUGGCCAAGUCCCAUGUUUUCUUAAGUGGUAUGGGUGGUCUUGGUUUGGAAAUUGCAAAGAAUCUUGUCCUUGCCGGAAUUAAAGCACUUACAAUUCAUGAUGUAGAAAAAUGCCAAGCAUGGGAUCUAGGAACCAAUUUCUUUCUCUGUGAAGAUGAUGUUGUUAAUAGGAGAAACAGGGCUGAAGCUGUUCUUCAGCAUAUUGCAGAACUAAAUUCAUAUGUUCAUGUCACAUCAUCUUCUGUUCCUUUAAAUGAAACCUCAGAUCUCUCCUUCUUAAAUAAAUACCAGUGUAUAGUAUUGACUGAAAUCAAACUUCCACUGCAGAAGAAAAUCAAUGAGUUUUGCCGUUCUCAGUACCCUCCAAUUAAGUUCAUCAGUGCAGAUAUACAUGGAAUUUGGUCACAGUUGUUUUGUGAUUUUGGUGAUGAAUUUGAAGUUUUAGAUACAACAGGAGAAGAACCAAAAGAAAUCUUCAUUUCAAAUAUAACGCAAGCCAAUCCUGGCAUUGUCACUUGCCUUGAAAAUCAUCCUCACAAACUUGAGACAGGACAAUUUCUAACAUUUCGAGAAAUUAAUGGAAUGACAGGCUUAAAUGGAUCUACACAACAAGUAACUGUGUUAUCACCGUUUUCUUUUAGCAUUGGUGAUACUACAGAACUGGAACCUUAUUUAUAUGGAGGGAUAGCUGUCCAAGUUAAGACUCCUAAAACAUUUUACUUUGAAUCAUUGGAGAAGCAGAUAAAACAUCCAAAGUGCCUUAUUGUGGAUUUUAGCAAACCUGAGGCACCUUUACAGAUUCAUACAGCUAUGCUUGCCUUGGAUCAAUUUCAGGAGAACUACAGUCGCAAGCCAAAUAUUGGAUGCCAAAAAGAUUCAGACGAGCUGUUGAAACUAGCAGCAUCUAUAAGUGAAACCUUGGAAGAGAAGCCUGAAGUAAAUGCUGCUGAUGUACGUUGGCUCUCUUGGACUGCUCAAGGCUUUUUACCCCCACUUGCUGCUGCAGUAGGAGGUGUUGCCAGCCAAGAAGUAUUGAAAGCUGUGACAGGAAAGUUUUCUCCUUUGUGUCAGUGGUUAUACAUUGAAGCAGCAGAUAUUGUCGAGUUCCUAAGCAAACCUGAGCGUGAAGAAUUUCUCCCACGAGGAGAUAGAUAUGAUGCCUUACGAGCCUGCAUUGGAGAUACUUUGUGUCAGAAGCUGCAAAAUUUGAAUAUCUUUUUAGUAGGAUGUGGAGCCAUAGGCUGUGAAAUGUUAAAAAAUUUCGCUUUACUUGGUGUUGGCAUAAGCAAAGAGAAGGGAAUGGUUACAGUUACAGAUCCUGACUUGAUAGAAAAAUCCAACUUGAACAGACAGUUCUUAUUUCGUCCUCAUCACUUACAGAAACCUAAAAGCUAUACUGCUGCUGAUGCAACCCUGAAAAUAAAUCCUCAAGUAAAGAUAGAUGCACACUUGAACAAAGUGUGUCCAGCCACUGAGGCUACUUACAGUGAUGAUUUCUACGCUAAACAAGAUAUCAUUAUUACAGCAUUAGAUAAUGUGGAAGCCAGGAGAUAUGUAGACAGCCGGUGUGUUGCAAAUCUACGGCCCCUCCUGGAUUCUGGAACAAUGGGCACUAAGGGACACACUGAAGUUAUUGUACCUCAUUUGACUGAAUCCUAUAAUAGUCAUCGGGAUCCCCCAGAAGAGGAAAUACCAUUUUGUACUCUAAAAUCUUUUCCAUCUACUAUUGAACAUACUAUACAGUGGGCAAGAGAUAAGUUUGAAAGUUCCUUUUCCCACAAGCCUUCAUUAUUUAACAAAUUUUGGCAAACCUAUUCAUCUGCAGAAGAAGUCUUACAGAAGCUACAAACUGGACACAGUUUAGAAGGCUCUUUUCAAGUUAUUAAGUUACUAAGCAGAAGACCUAGAAAUUGGCCCCAGUGUGUAGAAUUAGCAAGAUUAAAGUUUGAAAAAUAUUUUAACCAUAAGGCUCUUCAGCUUCUUCAUUGUUUUCCUCUGGAUACUCGAUUAAGAGACGGCAAUUUGUUUUGGCAAUCACCAAAGAGGCCUCCUCGUCCAAUAAAAUUUGAUUUCAAUGAACCUUUGCACUUCAGUUUCCUUCUGAAUGCUGCAAAAUUAUAUGCUACAAUCUACUGCAUUCCAUUUACAAAAGAGGACAUAUCAGCAGAUGCCCUCUUGAAUAUUCUUGCCGAAGUAAAGAUUCAGGAAUUCAAACCUUCCAGAAAGGCUGUUCAAACAGAUGAAACAGCACGGAAACCAGACAAUGUUCCCAUUAGCAGUGAAGAUGAGAGGAAUGCUAUAUUUCAACUAGAAAAGGCUAUUUCAUCCAGUGAAGCUACCACAAAAGACCUUCAGAUGACAGUCCUUUCAUUUGAAAAAGAUGAUGAUGGUAAUGGACACAUAGAUUUCAUCACAGCUGCAUCAAAUCUUCGUGCCAAAAUGUAUAGCAUUGAACCAGCUGACCGUUUCAAAACAAAGCGCAUAGCCGGUAAAAUUAUACCUGCUAUAGCAACAUCCACUGCUGCAGUUUCUGGUUUGGUUGCAUUGGAGAUGAUCAAAGUAGCUGGUGGCUAUCCCUUUGAAGCUUACAAAAAUUGUUUCCUUAACUUAGCCAUUCCAAUUAUAGUGUUUACAGAAACAUCUGAAGUAAGAAAAACUGAAAUCAGAAAUGGAAUAUCAUUUACAAUUUGGGACAGAUGGACUAUACAUGGAAAAGAAGAUUUCACCCUCUUGGAUUUCAUAAAUGCAGUCAAAGAGAAAUAUGGAAUUGAGCCAACAAUGGUGGUACAGGGCGUCAAAAUGCUUUAUGUUCCUAUAAUGCCUGGUCAUGCAAAAAGAUUGAAAUUAACAAUGCAUAAACUUGUGAAACCUUCAACUGAAAAGAAAUAUGUGGAUCUUACUGUGUCAUUUGCCCCAGACACUGAUGGAGAUGAAGAUUUACCUGGACCUCCAGUAAGAUACUACUUUAGUCAUGACACUGAUUAACAGAAGUUGUCUUAAAUUUGCUCCAGGACUUGUUGAUUUUGGAAAGAGUGCACUUAAUUCAGAAGCUGGAAAAUCAGCUUCUUUACUAUGGAUUUCUCUUUGAGGAAGCCUUAAUUUAAAGGAAAUAUCAUUAGAAACUGCACUGAAGAAUUGCAAAAGAUUGUGGAGCAUAGAAUACACUUGUCUAGUGCUUCAUACGUGGAUUUGAUCACAAGCAACUUUGAAUUGGAUGCCAUUUUAUAAUGCUUACAACAAAUUUGUGUAUUAACCUUUCUGGAUGAAUAGAAGGAAAAAAUAUAUAUCCAUGACCAGAAGAGAUGAAAGAUCAAGAAAGUGAAAGUAACAAAUGCAGCUAUCCAAAAAGUUUAUUCCUGUUUUAAUAAUUUCUUAGUUGUUUAGUAUUUGAGGCCCAUUUUUCCAUACAAAUAGUGUCAGGUACCUUAACCUCUCAUGAUAAGGCUUUGACUUUAACACCAGUGGAAAGCAGAGGGAUGGUAGUGGUGGAUGAAAAGUAGACAUUUUAAGUUGUACAGUUGCAGUUUACUAUCUUGUUACCUCUACUAGUUUAACCAGAAUUUGUUAUAUCACUAUCUCCCAAAAAUCAGAAUCUUUGUUGAUAACAUCAGUGUUGUAAGCCAUGAGCAGUAGGUCAGAUGACACAUGUUAACUUGGACUAAAUGUUAACAGUAUUAUAUGGACUCUGACAGCCCUCUUAGAGAAUCCAUGAAUGUGAACACAUAAAUGUGGCUAAUGGUUUGAUUCUUCAAUAUGCCUCCUAAUGUGGCCAUUUUAUUUAUUUGGAACUCUAGACCUAAUUGUCAUAGUAUAUAAUAAAAUUAAAAGGUUUUGUGAAGGGGGUGUUUUU